CUCUGUUGGUUGUUUGUGCUAUGGAAUUUGGGUUUGGUAGAGAGGAGGGGGAUAAGAGCGGGGAGGGAGUUGUAUCUAACCUGAUCGACUAAUUCACGAACACGCUCGCGCAUCGGAUCCGGUGCAUCGCUUUGGUUAGCAGACGGGGGAAGAUGAAGGUCUAGUUUCUGUCGGGAGAGCGCGACGGUGUUGGCGUAGAGGUAGGUUAAGUCCGCGGGGGACUGGAGUUCGAUUUUGCGAUGCAUGGCCAUGGUGAUUUGUUUGUUUGUUUGAGACCACCGGGAUGAGGGUGGAAGUGUUCCGUUCCCCUUUUUUGUAUUUCUUCUCUGGCGUAAGAAGACAAUGGGUUCGCGUCAAUUGAGAGGGGAGAGGUAUCCAGACAGGAAGGAAGAAGGGAAGUGGAGACGCGUCGGAGGUCCGCGAUAACAGACGGGAUGAUCGUAAACUUCCAACUCUCCCAGGAACUGUCCAGAUGCGGCAGGCGGAUAAGGAGCCUGUUUUGUCAGGCAGUAAGGCAGUAAGGCGUGGUACGAAAACGGCAGCCUCAGGCCACUCGUCGAUCAUUGCCCUCGUCAGCCCCGCCAACGAUGUCAUCGAUCGAUCGAUCCUUUUCUCUUUUUUCCUUUUUCUUCUCUGGUCUUCAGCUUGAAACUCUAAUCGAGUCCACUUGGUUUCGGGGCUGCCUUGCCCUCUCGUUUCUCUUGAUUUUUAGAUCUUAUGACCUCAUGGCUCAUAGCUCCGGGGGGGGUUGAUUUAACAAUUUAAUGUGUCGUUUCGCCCAGCGGCUUUCUUACACCGUACACGAUACUCUUCUUGCCAGCUGUUCUUGAUCUCCUUCCCCCUUGUUUCAUUUUAUAUUAAGCUCAUUCUCCCUUACCUUGCUCCGUACUAGUCGAGCUUAGCUACCCGGGUCUGGUACUGGUCUCGGUUGUUGGCCCGACGAACGCUACGGCAAUCUCGCCCCUCCCUUCCCCUUCCCACCCUUUCUCCUUGAUUAUUCACGAGGAUGGACUUGGUGUACAGAUAGGGGAUCAGGGGUCUUGCUGCGAUAGGAUUGGGUAGGAGUCAAUUGGACACGAAAAGGCGGUGUAUACGUGUGCAUUACGCUCCAUCCCGUAUACCAACUUUACGGCGUGGAAUGAUCAGCUACGGAUACCACCAUGGAGAAUAACAACCCUGCCAGCAUCCGGCUGGUAGAUAAUACCUGUCCGCGCGACGAAUCGCCCUCCCAGGCGCCCACGGCUACGGAGUUAUCUCGACGUCUAUCGCGACGGCUUACGAGGCCGUCUGUGCGAGGGGAACUGGCCAGACGGAAGUAUGCGAAGUGGCAGCCACAUCGACUGGGGAUCACGGAUGACGGGGAUCCAGAUACGGAGAGGAGGCCGUCUGAUGGCAGGGAGUUGUCGUUGACGGAUACGGCGACGAAUACGCUGGGAGGGGCGCCGAGUCUCGCGACUACUUCCUCUCUUCCGACGAAUGAACAGCUCGAUUCCAAUCCGAUUGAUUUCGCCCCGUCUGCGACCGCUGGGGAGCCGGCCGGGCAAGGAAGUGAUGGCGCUGAGGGGGGCGGGUCGGGGUCAGGGUCGGGGUCUAGGUCCGGAGUAUCGAGGAUGGAGACUGGGUCGGUGUCGGGCCCCAGGUCUCAUCCGGUUGGACUCAAGCCCGGUACAGAUCUGGAUAUCCUCUACGAGAAUCAGCGGGGGUGGUUUCUGUGCGGGAUACCGCUAUAUUCGCACCACUCGCUGCUGAACUUCGACCCCGCCACUUGGGUGACCCAUGACUUCAGAGACAGUCCCGUGAACAUCACGAAUGCGCAACUGCCUGAUCCCAGCUGGGAGUGGGCGUGGCGAAGAUGGUACGUGGAUAUGUCGGGGGACGUGGACGACCAGGGAUGGCAGUACUCGUUCUCCUUCGGUUCGUCGGCCUGGCAUGGGUCUCAUCCGUGGUUUCAUUCGUUUGUGCGAAGGCGCCGCUGGGUGAGGCUGCGGGUGAAACGGGCGUCGGAGAGGAGUCGUCGGGACCGAACGGGGCUGGAAAUGGCCCAUAUGCUGAACGACGACUAUUUCACCAUCCACACGGGGAAGAAAUCGAAGAGGGCGUCGAGCUCAGAGCGCGCGUCGGGCGUCUCCUCGGGGUACUUGAGUCGGGCCACCACCAAGGUCGAAGAGGAGGCUCCAUUGGAGGAGAUUGGAAAUAUCCCCAGCCUGAUGCAUGCUCUGAAGACGGCGAUCGUGGACCGCGAGAAGAUCGACGCGUUGAGACGAUUUGUCGAGGAAGGCGGUCCCGAGUUGUAUUAUUUGGAAGGACAGAUCCCCGAGAUCAUGCCCAUGUUUGUCUUCCAGGCCUCGCGAUGGCAGGUUCUCACACACUUGGUCGGUGUUGUCGACGAGCUGUCCCAGAAGAUACCCGAUGUCGGCGAGCGAGAAGCCGAGGAACUCCGUCGCAAGAAGGAGUACCUCAGCAAGGCCGCAGACAGCGCGCGACAUCACCUCCGAGGACCCGAAGUCGUCAGUGCUCGACGCCGAUCAUCGGCGCCAGAGAUGCUGGAUUUGACGCCCGGGUCCAAGAAGAAAGGCCUACUGUCUAGGUAUUUGGGGAAGUUCUCAUUCAAACCGAUGGAUGACGGAGGACCGAUCAAAGGUAUACCGAAGGAAGCGGAAAUCGGCAAGGAAGGUCAUAUCUAUCAGUAUUCGUCUUGAUUCGUUUUGGUGUUGAGCAGCUUUCUCUUUUUGUUUUGCGUUCUAGCUCGGUUCUCGGGACUUGAUACCCAUGUUCGUUUGUGUUCAGUGAAAUUUUCAGGGGUAUUGCAAUGGGUUUCCAUUGAUGACAAGUGUAAUAGAUAAUUCAAUAGUUUUCUUGUUCCAUUG